AACCAUGGCGGACUCCACGAUCUCAGCUACUCGAGAUGCCCGGAUUGCGCGGCAGGGAAAACAUCGUCGUCGAGGUGGCCGUGGUCAGAAAUACAGCACAAACCAAGGCCAGCGCUCCAACGAUGAGCAUCAUGGCGUUGCGGGAGCCAUCGCCGGUGUUCCAUCUGAGAGAACAAUUGAUAUUCGCCAAGACAGAGGGAAUCAUCGAUCUAGAAGGGGAGGCGACCGGCGGGCAACAGCACGUCCGAAUGAUCGUCUUCCUCGAUCAGACGAGAAUAAUAAGACUGCUAGGAACCCCUUAGCAAAGUCACAACCCGCCAAGCUAUCACCGGAACAGUUGCAGGAUAUUCUGGAGGGGACUCUGUCCGAUAUUCAUUGCGCUGGGUCAUCAGCUUUCGGUAUUGUCGGCAGCUGGGCCACGGAAACGGGUCUUGCCAGAAUUCGAGAAAUCGUUGAAGCAGACUUUGCCCGGUCCUAUAGCGUGACCCGGCUAAUGUUUGACCCCCACUGCGUUCUUUUCCUUCGUUUGAUAUCCUAUAUUUCGCGAGAAGAGAUACAACGCUCGCUUAUUCUUGAGAAGGACGUGGGAACUAUCUUCAAUGUUAUCUAUGGGCCGCGUGGAGAUAGGGGAGUUGCAUUCUUUCGACAGGUGGUGGGUUGUCUGGUUCAUCUACGGGACAUGAACACCGACGUUGACCAUGGUGAUGGGAUAAAGUACGAAGAGGUGCUCCUACAUGUCACAGAGGCCAUUCUGAGCACCAUAUUGCAGAUCCAGGAGGCGACCUUUAAGUCAGAGUUGAAGGGUAUCGUGGACGAUCUUCAGAGCUGUUCGCCUCUUGGAGAGAUAGAGAGAGUUCUCACCAACCCCAAUCUAUGUCUUGCCAGGGAAAACAUGUUGAAGAUCCAGGACAUUUUUGGAACAGGAGAUAGGAUUGCCGCCUAUGUACCGAAGGCAGACAUAGAUCUAUCAGAACAGCAACAGCAACAGCAUGAAGUCGACCCUCCUGGAGAGUUAUCAAAAUUUAGUCCCCGGCAUAACAAUGAUCACGCAUCAAUAUCUAACAUCAACAUAUUGCCAACAUUGUCAGAGAUUUUGCAUAGUCAACGACUCGACUUUCUUCCCACACGAGAUAGUCUAUAUACCCCAGACGGACAUCAUGAGAAAGGAGUUCGCCGGCUUCUAGAUACACAUUUUCGUCUUCUCAGGGAAGAUACAUCUGGGGUUUUGCGUGAUGCUGUUCGCGUGAUUCUUGACCAUUGGGAAACACUUGUACAUGGUGCUCGAUGGCAGGAAAAGAAAAAGAUACUACGAACUCAUAGCCCUACUCCCGUUCGCAUCUACUACGGAGCACAGAUCCGAAGAGUCAAACCAGACCGUGUAAAAGGCAUGGAGAUCGACGUAGAAUUUGACCAGGUUGCCAGGAUAAAGAACAUGACCCCCUGGAAAAGGAAGCAUUACUGGCGCGAGUCUCGCGCGCUGAACGAAGGUGGAGCCUUAUUGGCACUCAUAGAUGCAGAGGUGGAUAAAGACACCACUAUAGUCUUUCUGCAGGUCUCCAGGAGGUACAUUGAACCCAUGAUGGAAAGCAAUACCGAGAAAGAAAUAUCAGACUUGGUGAGUGAUGCAAAACGGGCUAUGAUUAGACUACGCCUCACUAGUUCUCCUUCUCGAGGUGAUUUGGAUGGCAUCCUCUCUUUGGCGACCAACCAUUCCUCCUCGAAUCGACCGCUCAUACUUGUUGAGUUUCCUGCCCUACUGUAUAACCUAUUUGAGGGAAUUUUACGGUGCUUACAGUCCUUAUAUGCCGACCCUCGAUACCUGCCAUUGACCUCUUGGAUAGCACCCCAGGAAAGGUACUGUAUGGAGACAACCACUACCUUUGGGUACAAGGCCUUCCCGAUCCACUCGCCAGUCUAUCUUGAAAAUCUAACACUAGACCUUUCGUCAGUUUCAGUAGCUGGCGAGAUACAGGAUAAAGACAAUAUAGCCACCCCACUGACGUUCUCCGUUGGCCGAGACUUUAAGGCUAUGUCUGAGGAACUAUUUAGACGAACGACGUUAGACAUGGGUCAGGCACAGGCAAUGAUUUUAGCAUUUAAAAAUCAUUUAGCCCUUAUCCAAGGUCCACCGGGGACAGGCAAAUCAUAUGUAGGCAUUCAGAUUGCAAAAUGCCUCAUUGCCAACAGAAUUCCGCUAUUAGGACCGAUUCUAUGCGUCUGUUACACAAACCAUGCACUUGAUCAGUUUCUCCAAGGGCUUCUUGAUUCCGGAAUUUCGAAGAUCGUACGCAUUGGAUCUCGUAGUGCCUCACCCGCCCUGGAGUCCCUUUCACUUGAAAACUACAAGAAGCAGAAAAAGAUUCCACGCAUCCCUGGCCAAGGCAGAUCAAUCAAUCUGUUACAGAAACGGCUUGAUGACUUGGCCUUUAGAAUUGGUGAGAUCUGUAAGCAACUCGAAAACGGGACCUCUGGUAUCGUUAGUGCCUACUUAAGGAGGCGAUUUCCCAAGCAUGACAUACAGAUUACCGAGGGAGUAUUGAUCGGUGACAGGAGGCCUUUGGAUACCUGGAGUCAAGGUAACGGCCCAGGCGACUUGAAUGGAAAUGGCGACAAGCGACAGAUCGAACAACUGCUUUCUGUAGAUCCAUGGACGUUAACAAACGAGGAACGCACACGCCUACUGAGGCACUGGCAUGAGUCAGCUGUUAACAAUCUUACAUUCGAGCUCGAUAACCUAAUACGUCAGCAUGCCGAAGAGAAACGCCAGUAUACUGCGUUGUUUAACAUAGAAGACGCCCAGAUAUUCAAUCAAGUGGAAGUUGUUGGAGUCACUACAACUGGUCUGGCAAACAAUGCCGAUCUCCUGCGUAGCCUUCCAGCAAAGGUGUUGAUCUGUGAAGAGGCAGGCGAGGUGCUCGAAUCACACAUUCUGACAAGCUUUUUGCCGUCUAUUCAACAUGCCAUUUUGAUCGGAGACCAUUUGCAACUUCGUCCAAAGAUCUCAAACCAAAGGCUAUCUAUAGAGUACGACCAAAGUGGACCAAAAUACAACCUUGAUGAGUCAUUGUUCGAAAGGAUGGUAAACCUGCGGCCUCCGGAUUUUCAUAGGUCGGGCGGACAAGCCACCAGUGCGGUGGAUUCUGUUCGAUUUCCUGUGGCACAACUAGACAGUCAGCGGAGAAUGCACCCUUCGAUUGCUUCCCUCGUUCGUCAGACCCUAUAUCCCGACCUAUGCGACCAUCCGAAGACGAGUUCGUACGAUGAAGUCGCUGGGUUAAAACGCAGGCUAUUCUGGCUUGACCACCGCAACAUAGAAGACCCCGAUGAUCCCGAGGACCCGAUGCGGAGCAAGACAAACACAUGGGAGGCGGAUGUGGUCAUUGCACUAGUGCAGCACCUGUGUAAACAGGAGCGCUAUAGCCCUGGAGAGAUCGCCAUCCUAACCCCAUACAUUGGUCAGCUUAGAUUGUUGAGGAAUAGAUUGGAGGGCAUCGUUGAUCUUAUAAUCGCAGAGCAAGAUUUGGUCGAUUUGGAUGACUCCGAAGCAGAUAUGCACACGAGUGACAGCACUAGUCUGACAUCUCCCAACCGACGAACUGUUGAGAAAGCCAGAUUGUCCGAGCAGGUGAGGCUUGCCACGGUGGAUAAUUUUCAGGGCGAUGAGGCAACUGUGGUUAUAGUCUCACUUGUGCGAAGCAACAAAAAUCGAAAUUGUGGAUUCCUAAAAACUUCAAACAGAAUCAAUGUUUUACUGAGCCGAGCAAAGCAUGGAAUGUACAUCAUUGGGAACGCUAAUACGGCGUCCUCUGUUCCUAUGUGGUCAUCAGUGAUCCGAAUACUAGAAGAGGGCGGUAACAUCGGACCCAAGAUAGAGCUCGAAUGCUCUCGACACCCUAAUAAUAGGAUGUACGUUGCUUCUCCCGAAAAUUUCCUAACCCAAGCUCCGGAGGGUGGCUGUGCAGAGAGAUGUGAGCGGAGACUGGCCUGCGGCCAUACCUGCACUUUCAAGUGUCAUUCUAACACACGGCAUGGCGCGGUCAAAUGCAUGAAGCCAUGCACAAGAAUGAGGAAGUGUGGACACUUGUGCACAAAGAGUUGCCAUGAGAACUGUGGCCAGUGCGUCGAAAAAGUCCCCGGUAUUGUCCUUCUCUGCGGACAUACAACAGAACUCGAAUGCGGACGGAGCAAGAAUGUUGCCUCGGUAAUAUGUUCGAAAGUCGUUGUGAGAAAGGUGCCCGGAUGUGGUCAUGAAAUUGAAAUAAAAUGCCACCAGGACAUCUCGAAGAUAAAAUGUUCACAGCGUUGUCAAGGCAUACUGGACUGCGGACACACCUGCCAGAGGGAUUGCUGGAUGUGCUGGAAGUCUGUUAAUGAGCGUGGCCAAGUUAACCAUGGUUCGUGUACUGCACCUUGUGGACGGCCCUUCACCACCUGCUCACAUAGUUGCUCUCGGUCCUGUCACCCAUCCACCGCUUGCGCCCCCUGUGAGAAGCCCUGCGAAGUCCGUUGCAGGCACAACAAAUGCCCGAAGAAGUGCAGUGAACCAUGUGUCCCUUGCGCUGAGAGGUGUGGCUGGAGUUGCAGUCAUCGACAAAACAAUAUCUGCAGCCUGCCAUGCGCAGUGCCCUGCAGUAUAGUCCCUUGUGACAAGCGAUGCGACGUUCUGUUGGGUUGUGGUCAUCAAUGCCCAAGUAUCUGUGGUGAGAAAUGCCCGGAUCAGAAGUACUGCCAGGAAUGCGGUAGUGACACUGUGUUGGAGCGGUGUGUUGAUUUGAUCACGUUGGAGCGAUAUGGUGACAUCAAUGUAAAUGAAGAUCGAUUGAUCUUCCUAUCUUGCGGCCACUACUAUACAGUUUCCAGCCUCGAUGGUAUCAUGGAAAUCAAGGAAUACUACAAUGUUGAUCCUCACACAGACGCUAUUGUCAGUCCGCGACUGUCACGACGUGUGGUGAGUGACGACGCGAAACUUCCUGGAUGCCCAGAGUGCCGUAUACCACUUCGGGAUAUCCAUCGGUAUAACCGGAUAGUUAAGAAGGCAUUACUUGAUGAGUCAACCAAGCGAUUCAUUGUCACAGCCAAUUUGGCGUACAAAAGGCUCGUUAUGGCAAUCGAAAAACAUGAGGCGCAGCUAGAAGAAGAAGGAGGGGAGCUCAUACGCAAGCUUUCAACCGGGGCGGAACAGUCUGGCCACUCCCAUAAUAGCGACCUACUCAAGGCUUACUGCAAGAAAAGCAACCUCGAAAAAGUAAUCCAAAAGUUCGUCAAUUCCAUGACGGCUGCAGAGCAACCCUAUGGAAGGGUCAAUAAUCUGCUCGCAUCAGCAGCCGUCGGGCAAAACAGCGUACCCAACGAUACGUAUAACAUGGAUGAUUCAAAGAUCCAAACUGGGUUUCAUAUCCGCGGCCAAUGCCUCCAACUUAGGCUCGCCUGGGCUAUACUGUGGGGUUACAGGAGGGUUUCCAUUGUCGCAGUGGUUGACUCAGAAAUCCGUUCCGAGCUGCGCAAUAUGGUAGUGAACCGAAUCAAGGGCUUAAUGGACACUUCUAUCUCCGUCCGGGAUGCCAGCCAGGCCGCAAAACUUUUAGUAGAGCAGGUCCAAGCAAUGAUUUACUAUGCGCUAUUUUGUAUACUAUAUCUGAGUACCUGCGAAGAAAAAGGUCAACCUCUCGAUAUGGACACAGCCACCAAACUUCGCCAGAAUGCUUCAGAUGCUUUGGAAAAAUGCGAUGCUCUACGGGUUGACAACCCGAGAACACUAGGCUUUCUCCAAGAUGACAUCGAAAAGGCGAAGAGGUUACUGGAUGGUGGAACGUUCUAUAGCUUUGUGACAACCGACGAAAAGCGACAAGUGUAUGAAGCCAUGGCGACUCAAUUUUCUGGAACUGGACAUUGGUACUACUGCCGAAACUCGCAUCCUUUUACGGUCGGGGAAUGUGGAAUGCCGAUGGAAGCAGCCCGAUGUCCUCAAUGCGGAGAAGGCGUUGGAGGGCACAACCAUGAGUCCCUUCCAGGCGUCCGUCGCGCGGAUGAUAUCGAGCAAGCGUUUGGGCACGUUUAGGAAUGUAUGAGCUUCACAAAAAUAUCUGGAUGAGUUAUGACAGGGGAGAAUAUUCCUUAAUCUGUUUAUCCAGUCUGUCUAUUUUUACCUUGACUUUGCAAUUAACUAUGGCGGUGCUGGAAGUGGAGAUAUUUUGACACAGUUUGUGUUUGC